AUGGCUCAACAGCAUUAUCAGGGCAAACGCUUGGAUGGAAGCCCAUUUGAGAACCCCGACCUUGACGAUCUCUUUGUGCAUGCGGGUAGACAGUCUAGGAACAACCCGGUUAGGACUUUGCUAGAGCGACUGGCCGGUGUGGACUUUGAUCCGAUAUGGUAUCGGGACAGGACGAAAAGAGGCGCUUUCGGCAAUCCCAACGCCGGGGAUGGCAUCAGGGAAUUUCUCUCCCGGUGGUUGUACUUUCGGAGCGAUGAAAAAGAGGAUGGAGACUGGGGCCCGAUUAGGCCUCUUGGGAGAGGCGGCUACGGCACUGUCGGACUCUGGCAAAAGCGGAACAGCCAGAACAAGGUCGUCGACGAAGUAGUGUGCAAAGAGAUGAGGCUUAACACAGUGCAAAACGGUACCGAAGAUUGGUUUGAUCUAGAUGACUAUGAGAUCGACCAUUCGAGCAACCGCAAACUUCUGACCGAGGCUGCCAUACACCGCGAUAUCAACGUGCAGCACCCUGGAAUUGCUCCGCACCUCCGCGGGUAUAAGUUUCUUCAAGACAACGGGCCAGGAACAGGCAGAUAUCGAUUCUAUAUGGAAUACUGCCCCCAUGGGAGUCUCGGACGCAUCUGCGCCCUUUAUCGAUGCUGGAACACUUACUUGCCGGAGGUCUUUGUGUGGUACGUAUUCCACAGCCUUGCCCGGGCGUGUGAGGCGCUGCGCGACUCUCCACCCGCCGACAGCAAGAUGCUGCGGUGGCCUAGAACCCGGGCCGAGGACUACACGGACAUCAGGGAGAACCUUUACUGCCUGCAUAUGGACGUGAAGCCCGUCAACUUCCUCCUUGGCUAUCCCCAUGAAGGGCAAGAUUACCCAUCUGCGCUGCUGAAUGACUUCGGCGCAUCAGCAUAUACUUCUUACACCGGAGACGGGCCUACGAAGAACCCGACGGAGCUCUUCUGGAGAGGAACCAAAGAAUAUUAUCCCACGGAACAAUCUCAUUAUGGAGUGAAUUGGGAUAUUCCACCCGAUGGUGGCAGGCUCAGAAAUCGGGACGAAGGUGGCGAAAGGCUUGACGCCCGAGCAGCAUACCAGCGACGUAAAGAGGACAACAAGGAUUUCCCCGAAGACGUCAUCUUCGAGCAUGCGUUCAAUAUAUAUGGAGUUGGGCAGACAAUGUUUGAGCUGGUGACCCUCGUCGCCGACGAAAUGCACCUCAGGAUGAUCCGUGCAGACACGCUCGAGAAGUUCCGCGACAACGGUAACCAUCAGAUCACGGAGGCGGACAUCGAUACCAAGCCACCCGGCUUUUACACUAAUGAGCUACGCCAUCUGGUAUAUCGCUGCCUGGACCCUAAUCCGGCAAACCGCCCCACGCAGCUCGAGCUCAUGGAUCGUACACACCAAGGCCUACAGUUGGCGAUCGAGCGAGCCGGCGGAUACCCCAAAGUAUACUUUCGUGACCAUGAGGUUGAGGAGAUGCCCUUGGGAAAUGCCGAUCUGCAGGCCGCGCCACAAGAUUUCAAGGACUUGAUCAGAAGCGAGUUCGUCAAUCCUGACCUUCCUAGGCUGAAGCUACCGUCCAGUAAAUACAGGGUACUCGCGAGCGUCUUGGGGUAUCCGGGCUGGAAGAGCUUUUAUCGCAGGGUGAACCCGCAUAAAAGGUGGUUUCAGCCUGUUGGUGCGCCCCCUGACGCUGAUCCACCCGAGGAGACCGACGAUGACGACGAAGACGACGACGACUCAGACGAGCAGAAUUCUUCCACCAUGGCAAUAUAUCCGGAAUCAAAUUCUCAGAACAAUGAUGCGGAGGACAUCGAGGACGAUGGUGAGGAAGACCAAGGUCCAAGACCGACUCGCAUGCCACCACCGAGUGAGGCCGAGCAGGACAAGCGGACGAAGAUGUUAAGAAUACUUAUAACUCAAAGACAUGGCCUCUUCCUGAACGGAAAGGACGCAAGAAGGCUUCUAGGGAAGCAUGACUGGUAUGUCGAACGCGCCGCUCAAGCCUAUGCGAGAAUCCGACGUGCUCCUUCAAAGCAGAUUGAAAAUGCAGACGGUGAGGAUGACGACAAUAAUGGCAGCGAUCACAGCCCCGGUGGAGAUAGACAAGGGGGGGCUGGAUCAAUAUCCCAAGGCUCCCACUCCGGAAGACCACACUUCUCAACACCACGCAAGCACGGCGUGGACCCUCUGAUCGACGAAUUGAGACGCCGCGUCGAGCAUCUCGCCGUGGCGCAUAACCCGCCGCGAAUGUUCCUCAUCGCCCGACCUCUUCUUGUUCUAUAUUUGGGACUCGCAGACAAUAACGUCGACGCAGCAGAACGCCUCUGGCUGACAGAGUACGAGCGGAGUUACGGCGGCGUGGCCGAAGCGUCCGAAGCGGCCCAGCCUUCCAAGUCUCAAGACACCAGCAGCAACAACGAUAACGAGGAUACUCUGGUAGCGGAGCUGAGACGACGCAUCCAAUAUCUCGUCGCCGAUAAGCCUCCGAGACAGUAUCUCAUUGCCGACGGGUGGCUUAGACAGGUUCUCAGGCGGCGACAGGGCGAUCUUCACCUCGCGGUAGAGCUAUGGUUACACGACUACACUCGGCUCUACGAGAGGGAGAGAAGUGCCGAAAGUUCGGGCAGAUCUGAUCAUCAAGGUGACAGCCUAGGCCGCGCCGGUGUAAAUGAAGGCAAAGACGAGAGUGGUGAAGAACCAACGACUCCCAGCCCGGUCGCGAAGCCCAAAUCUCGGAAACGGAAGGAUAAGAAGGGGAAGGCCAAAGCUACUGCGCAAGCUAAGCCCAAGCCCAAGCCGAAGCCCAAGCCCAAGCCGAAGCCCAAGGUGAAUCAUCCUCAGCAGGGAGCCACGCAGCAAGGGAAAAGAAAAGACCCCGAGGAUGACGAGGACGAGGACGAGGACGAAAACGCCACCGCCGCCACCGCUGUGCCUCCACCACGGCGCAGCCAGAGAGUGGCUAAUAAACGGCAGAAGAAGUGA